UCGUAAGAACAGGGCACAAUUAUACUUAAGAAUGCUCUGGAUCCGUCUCCACGGGUCAGAUAUGAAUGCGCUGCUCCAUAUCCCGCUUAAGACUGGCCUGAAACGGACCAGUAACAUUCUUGUUACUCUCCGUUUGCCCACGGGACUAUGUUGUCAUGAGAGAUAUAUCUGAUCUGUCGCCGGACUGUCAAUAUUCCAAUGGGAGCAUCAGAAUACUCACAAAUUAGCGGAACAACACAUCAAAUAUAUCCAUGACCACAGCAAACAGCUCGGUGCAGCACAUAACGUCUGUGGCAAUGGAAGCAGUUGGUGUCAGAACGCUGUGGUUCUUCACUUUGUUUUAUACCUUUGAAGCCCAGUUCACUAAUUUCAAUGUGCGUCCACGUUGGCCUCACAGGAAUUCGUUUCGCCGCUGGCCUGUUAGGCACCAUGUACCCCUCAUUAGAGAUCAACACGACAUCAACAUUGAACCAAGAUUUGUGCUGCUGGCUCCAAACCUCCUCAGGACGGACAGCGAGGAGAAUAUUUUCCUGGAGGCGUACAGAGUGUCAGAACCGCUGACAGUCAACAUAACGGCUCACAACUUCCCUGAGAAGACGGUCCAGUUACUCGAGGACACUGUAUUGCUCAAUCGGCAGAAUAACUACCAUGCCCUUAAGACCAUCAAGGUUGACGCAAGGCUUCUGGACAGAGAGAAGCAAGGCAACCAGUAUGUGUACCUGAAGGCUGACUUCGGCGUCCAUGUGGCGGAAGUGGUGGUGAUGCUCUCCUUCCACUCUGGCUACAUCUUCAUUCAGACAGACAAGCCCCUCUACAACCCAGGGGAUGCCGUGCGUUACAGAACGUUUGUGUCCACCCCAGCCUUCAGUGCUUUCAGCAGCUCUGUGUCCAUUGAGAUACAGAACCCAGACGGUAUAGUGAUUCAUGGCCUUCCAAGGACCAUGGCCAGUAAUGGCAUCUUUGCAGAAGAAUACCGACUAGCUGACAUCGCAAAUGAGGGAAUGUGGAAGAUUAUUGCAAAGUUUGACAACAGGCCCGAAAACCAAUUCAGCUCUGAGUUUGAAGUGCGAAAAUAUGUGCUCCCAGCCUUCAAUGUCACCCUGGCUCCCCGGAAGGCCUAUUUCAGCCUGCUCGACACCGAGCUGGUGGUCGACAUCACGGCAAGUUAUCUCUAUGGGAAGCCAGUGGAAGGGACUGCAUAUGUUGCUUUUGGUGUGGAAGUGAACAAGGAAAAAAGACGUUUGCCUCAUACGAUGAAGCUUCUUACGGACCUGCAGCACGGUUCCGCUGUUCUGACGAUCGACGACAUCAGGAAAGUCUUUCCAAACAUCCGGGACCUGGUCGGCAGCCUCAUAUACGUGAAAGCCUCUGUGCUAACGUCUACAGGCAGCGACCUUGUGGAGGCAGAGAGGACCGGCAUCAAGAUCGUGGAGUCCCCGUACAAAAUCUACUUCAGCAACACCCCCCAGUACUUCAAACCCGGUUUGCCAUUUGAUGUGACGGUGGAGGUGAGCCAUCAGGAUGGUACGCCGGCUCCCAACGUCCCCUUCCAGCUGAGCCUGCAGGACGAGCCCGUUACCUCUCACUCUGGGACCGCCCGGCUGGCGGUGAACAUGCCAGCGGCCUCCCGCUCGUUCACUCUUACCGCGCAGACCAAGAAGGGCGGCCUGAAGCCCGAGCAGCAGGCCAGACAGCGGAUAGUCCUGAGUGCCUACGAGCCCUUUAACAGCGCGUACGAGAACUACCUGUACAUCUCAGCCCCGGACAGGGUGUCCGCAGGGGACUCCGUCAACUUCGUACUCAACUUCAAAAGCAAAGAUGAAGCACACAAGGUCAUGAUCGCGGAUUUUACCUACCUGGUGCUGAAUAAGGGGAAGAUUGUGGAGGCGAAGCGCGUGGUGCGGGAGAGAGGCCAGGAGGUCAUUAACAUUCCCUUCCUCGUCACGAAGAAAAUGAUCCCGUCCUUCCGUCUGGUGGUCUACUACACCCUGCCCUGGCAGACGCAGACUGAGAUUGUGGCGGAUUCAGUGCGGGUAGACGUGGAGGACACCUGCGUGGGGACUCUCAGCGUGGGCAAUGAGGACGGGAGCAGAUUCAAAGAGUACCAGCCAGGAAAAUCCUUUAAGUUCCAGGUCAGAGGGGACCCUGGAGCCAGGGUCAGCCUGCUGGCGGUGGAUAACGCCAUCUUCCUCCUGAACAGAAGGAACCGGUUCACCCAGGGCAGUAUUUGGGACGUGGUGGAGAAGAGAGACAUGGGCUGCACUCCCGGAGGGGGCAGGGACAGCAGGGGGGUGUUCACUGACGCGGGGCUGCUGUUCUACUCCAACAAUGCCAGGAAAACAACUAUGAGACAAAGCGUGCAGUGCCUCAAGCGGACCAGGAGGAGGCGCUCUGUGAGGAUGCUGCAGCACAGGUCCGCGCUUGAGAGUCAGUACCAGGACGCUACCCUGAAGCGCUGCUGCCUGGAUGGGAUGAGGGAGAUCCCCAUGGAUUACACCUGUGUUCGGAGGUCCCACUACGUGACCGAGGGCUGGGAGUGCGUCCGUGCCUUCCUGCACUGCUGCUCCCAGUACAGGGGGGCCCCGACAACUGUGCCGCCCACCACCACAGCGCUUCCCAUGCCCACAAGUUUCAUCGGACUUGUAGCCAUUGAGAGGCAUAUUCCUAUGUUGUCGGCUAGAAGGCUUAGUGUUCCAGAAACUAAAGCUGAGGGAGUGAGUGUGAGGGAAUUCCAAUUUGAUGAAGACGAUGAAGAAGGAGAUGUGGAAGAUGUGGACGACGUGGUGGAUGAGCGCAGCGUCUACGUCCGUUCAAAGUUUUUUGAGACAUGGUUGUGGUAUGAGGUCAACCUGCCCAACACAACUGAGCAAGUCAAAAUAGAUGGGUCCUUCUUCAACCUGGCGCAGCUCUCUGUGGAGUCUGCGCUUCCUGACUCCAUCACGGAGUGGGGAAUACUGGCAGUCAGCUCCUCAGCUGACACAGGCUUCUGCGUGGCUCGGCCGUAUAAUAUCAAAUCCAGGAAGGUCUUCUUCGUGGACCUGCGGUUGCCCCGCUCGGUGGCGCGGAACGAGCAAGUGGAGGUCAAGGCCGUGCUCCACAAUUACAGCGACGAGGACAUGGAGGUCAUCGUGAUCCUGUACAAGACGGAGGACAUCUGCAGCGUUGCGUUCACGGACAACCACAAGCAGACGGUGACGCUUCCCGCUCAGUCCUCCAGGGCUAUCCCAUACACCAUCAUGCCUCUGAAGGCCGGGGAGCUGGACAUGGAGUUGAAGGCGCUGGCCCGUGACUACCUCGGGUCCGACGGUGUGAGGAAGAAGCUGCGCGUUGUGGUGGAGGGGAUUCAAAAGACCAGAGUCCAAAGUUUCAUUCUGAAUCCCUCCCUCAGAGGGGGCAAGGACGGGAAACAGGUGGUGCGGGUGGAGAGCAUCGGGCUGGAUUCGCUGGUUCCUAACUCGAGCCCAGAGACCUACAUCAAUGUCAGAGGCAGCCUGAUCGCCGACGCCAUCGACAACUCCAUCAGCGACGACGCCCUGGGGUCCCUGAUCCGCAUGCCGGGGGGCUGCGUGGAGCAGAACCUGGCCACCAUCACCCUCCCCCUCAUCGCCACGCACUACCUGGACAAGGCGCAGCAGUGGGAGAGCGUGGGGGUGCAGCGGCGACUGGAUGCGCUCACCUACAUUAAGAGAGGUUAUGAAAGACAGCUGGCAUACCGCAAGAAAGACGACUCUUACCCCCCGUACUCAAAAGAAGGAGCCAGCACAUGGAUCACGGCGUACACCGUGAAGGUGUUCUCCAUGGCGUACCCCAUUAUACCCGUGAUAGACGACCACGUGUGCGGCCCACUCCUGUACCUGCUGAGGGAGAGACAGCUGCCCACCGGGGUCUUCACAGAGGACACCCCGGUCUACGAUGCCACCAUCACGGGUGGUGUAGGGGGGACGGAAUCCACAGUCACCCUCACCGCGUUUGUGAUGAUAGCCAUGGCUGAAGCAAAGGCAGUGGUGACCUGUAAGGAUCCCAACAACCCCGACAUCGAUGUGGAGCGCAGGCUCGGGCAGGAAGCCGCCGGCCGCCUGAGGAGGCUGCUGCAAGAAGUGCAGAGACCCUACACUGCGGCCAUCGCGGCCUACGCGCUGGCCCUGGUGGACCCGCGGGACGGCAGGCCCCUGCUGGAGCUGGAGAAGACCGCGUCUCCCGAUAAGACCCACUGGCCGGACAGGGAGAACGAGCUGUUCACGCUGGAGGCCACGGGCUACGCCCUGCUGGCCCUGGUGAAGAUGGGGCAGAUGGAGCGAGCCGCCCUGCCCUUCCAGUGGCUCAACGACCGGCGCAGGCUGGGCGGCGGCUUCGGCUCCACACAGUCCACCAUGGUGGUCCUGCAGGCUUUGGCAGAGUACCUCAUCCACAAGCCCCCGCCCCAGGACCUGAACCUCAGGGUGGCCCUCAGCCAGCCUGGGCGCAGUGACACAGUCUGGACCUUUCAGCCAAAGACCGCCUACGUUGCCCGGUCCGCCAAAGCCACUAUUGACCAGACGUUCACGCUGGAAGCUUCUGGGAACGGCCAGGGGGUAUUGGAGGUUGUGACCUUCUACAAUCAGCUGCCCGACGUCCACGAGAAGGAAAGCUGUGGCGCCUUUGACCUGGACGUCACAGUCAAGGAAUCGCAAGACAGAAAGACCUCAGAGGACACAGAAGGGUCGUACAGGCUGAACAUCAACGUGAGGUCUCGGCAACAGUCUGAGGUCAGAAUGGUUGUCCUGGACAUCACCCUCCCCACCGGCUUUGUCCCUGACAAUAAGGACCUAGAGAUGCUGGCUAACUCUGUGGAUCGCUACAUAAACAACUUUGAGAUUGUGGACGGGCUGAGUGACAGAGGAUCGCUCAUCAUUCACCUGUUCAAGGUGUCAAACAAGGAGACGGAGAGCAUCUCCUUCCGGCUGCUGCAGAAGUUCAAAGUGAGGCUGAUUCAGCCGUCCUCAGUCACUGUAUAUGAGUAUUACAACCCAGACCACCGCUGCAGUAAGUUCUACAACCCAGUGGCAGAGGAGGCGGAGCUGCAGAGGAUCUGCAGCAACGACACCUGUCACUGUGCUGAGGGGAACUGUGCCGUCGCUAAGCGAUGGGGCAAGCCUGUGGACGACUUCACGCGUGAGGACGAGGCCUGCUCCGGAAUCCAUCACGUGUACAAAGUGAAAGUCUCAAAAGUCAGCAGGAGCCAGUAUGACAGAUAUGAAAUGGAAAUCUUAUUGGUCAUAAAGGAAGGAAAGGACGAAGGCGUCCAAGCGUCUGACAGAAGGAUCUUUAUCUCACACUCGGGUUGCCGCGAGGGACUGGACCUCCAGGAGGGAAAGGAGUACCUCAUUAUGGGCCCUCCCGCGGAUAUCUGGCAUCAGGACAGCUCCACCAACAGAUACACCUACACCCUUGGGAAGAAGAGCUGGGUGGAGCAAUGGCCAACAGAGGCCGAAUGCAAGAGUGACUCAGGGCUUGCCAAACGGUGCACCCAGCUGGCGAUGUUGACCUCUGACCUUAUGGAGAAGGGCUGCCUGUCCUGAGUAACUGUGCUGCUUUGCCAAAAUUAGAGCCACGCCCAUGGAUUUAUGGGACCCUGCCGUACCGCAGACUCUUUUGUACUGCUGCACAAUGAAAAUAUAUUACCACAUAUUGAAAAAUAUACCAUAAUACACUGACUAA